GACAGAACACAAGUAGUGCUUUAUCCAGCCUGUCCCACUCUGGGUAAGAGGAAACCCUAAACUACUCCGACUCAACCAGCUUGGCCCUAUUUCUCGUACUCUUUCUUCCCUCUCUUUUCUCUCACUCCCACGUGAGUGCACUCAGGACGAGAAUGGCAGCAUCAUCUGGACAGAGAACAAAUGGGCCCUCCACAAUGUUGGCUUUCGCUUUGCUUCUCAUCGGCCAACUUUUGAGCGGAGUCAUGGCACAGGAAGGUGUAAGAGGCGACGGGGUUGUAAACACUACUGCAAAACCUGGUACUACAAAGACAUCAGGUCAAGUGAUGGUUUUACCCACACCAGAGACACGCAAGCCUUCUCCAGAGACACCUAAACCAGAAGACAACAGCACUUCAGACACACCAACCAUUGUACCGUUGGAGAAAACAAAAAAGGAUAUGAUUCACACAAAACAGCCGGCUGUAAAUCCAAAUACGCCAGCACCCAACUCGGCCAGAGGCGACAACCUGCCUGGGCGAGAUGUCGUCUGCGUGACCAAAGAGGUUGUGGAAGAAAAAAACGCUGUUCUUGUGAAACUGAAGUCAUCCACCAAAUGUGAAGACACACAGUCAAAAAUGAUAAAGGUUCUACCUGAACUGUGUGGGGAAGAGUGUAAGCUGGAGAUCUAUCAAGAAAACAACACGGAUCACGUGCUUGUAUCUGGGAAGUAUGUAGAAGAUGAUGUGAUAGGCAUGGUAAACAAAUUCAACAAGGUCAACAUUAAGGAUAGAACUGGUGUGCACAGAGCCACUCCUCGCUGGCGGAAGAACUCAAAGUUGGUACUGGUUUCCUUACUGCUUACUGGCCUGCUGCUGGCUGGGCUGCUGACUGGAUUAUAUUACUUGAAGACGCACCGCAAGAACUCCAAAGGUGUCAGACUGGCUGAGUCUUUCCAGGUGGAUGAGGAGAACCAGGCUAACACCCUGGUAUCUGUGGCCCCGCUGCCUCAGGAGCCCACAGACAAACCUACCGCCAAUGGCGAGUCUCCACCUGAAAAUGGGACCAACCAAACCCCAACCACCAACGGACACUCUGCCACCCAGAACCCAGUGGCUGACACAGAGAUGUGAAUCAAGGAACACUCUUCAACAUCCCAUUGUGCCAGUCGCCUACUAACCUCUCUGUUCAUCUGACACAAAUUCAACUUGAAUCAAUCUCAAACAUUCACAUCUCCACCUGCUCUUACUCAACCAGCAAGACUCCAUAUGAAGAUGCAAAUGAUGACGAAAUGAUGACAGUGCCUGUAAUGUGAAAAGUUUGAGAACAUUAAUCUUUGCAGAAGUUAGCAGAAGCCUGCUCACACUGACAGAGAGACUCUGAGUUUCAUAACUGUUCUGACUUCAGUCUUAUUGUGACAAUAUUUGUAGAAUCAUGAAGUCAUGCCAAGGAUGUAUUGUUGAUAUCUGACAAAGAAGCAGAAAAUCCUUUUGUACUUUAAUCCACAAAAUGAUGCCUACCAGCUGAAAAGAGGUCUAAUGUUUUGAUUAAAGAACAGACACAUUUUUUAUGCUUGUUUCUAAGAAUCCAUUGCUGCCUUAACCUCCUGAGACCCGGGCUUUUGUUUGAUGUGCAUUUUUUAUGUCUCCUUACUAUUUGGGAUUAGUAUGACCUAA